AUGAGCACAAAUACUAUGACUGCUGUGGUCCGUGCUCUUCCGAGCCUGACAAAGGUUCUCUUCGUCGAAUGCGACUUCUACUCACCGGAAAGAGCACUACUAUGUGAUCUGUCCUCAGAGUGUCCAUCUCCUGCCCCACUUGCUCGCUCGGCUUUGGCACUGGAAGCGGCACCUACUUCAGAAAUCGUGAUAACGUCUCAUCCUGGCGAAGCGUCACCGACGUCACAUGCGGCUACCAAUCGUUCUUCUCGUGACGACCAUGAUGCACCAGUGUUCUACCCCUUGAUUCAUCCCCCGCCAACGCUGCAAUCGUUUGUCGUAGGCAAGGGUGAAUCAUACCUCCGAUUCAUCGACUUUACAAUAUUUCGCGGCUGGCUCGAUCCUGACGUGUUACCCUCAAGCCUCAGGUCAACGCUUGUCGGUAGUGACGUCGAUCAUGAAUUGCUAUGCAGGUUUAUUGCCGGCCUUGGCCCAUCGUUUGUAUUGGAGUAUUUGAAGAUAUCUCUUGGGAAUAAUCUUGAAGAAGUUGUCCGGAUCGGAAAGGACAUCUCUAAUCUACGUAACCUCAAGACUCUGCGAAUAUCCGUCCCACAGCUUGAUCAUGAUCAAUGCGACAUCGUUCAACGGUUUCUCACCUUUCUUGAUGCGUCCGGUCUACAAAGCAUGACGGUUAUCCUGACGGAACAGGAACCUGUCAAAGAUACAAGAAUGAUAGACGAAUAUCUCGCUGGCGACAAGUUUAAGGAUCUUCAUGAGUUCCGCAUCGAGACCGUCGAAAAUACGACAUAUAACUCAUGGAAGCUCGUAGAAGAUGCGGUGCAGGCACUGUUUUUCCGUUGA